UCGCCCUUAUCGGCGCGGCGAGGCGGCGUGUGGAGGUGACGGGGCGGCGCUAUAAUAUUUCUCCUUCCUCGCCCUCUUGAGUGCCCCGCGCGGGCCCCGGCAUGGCCAUGAGCUACCGUAGUGCCCUGGGCGUGUGUGCGGGCGUGGCGGGCGCGCUGUUCCUCGGCUACUGCCUCUACUUCGACCACAGGCGGCGCAGCGACCCCAACUUUAAGAAGAAGCUCAGGGAGAGACGUCGCCGCGCAAACCGGGGUCGUCCCGGCGGCGGGGCGGUGACCUGGCCUAACCUGAAGGACCAGGAGGCCGUGCAGAAGUUCUUCCUGUCGGAGGUGCAGGCGGGGGAGGAGCUGCUGGCCCAGGGGGAGAUCGAGGCGGGCGUGGACCACCUGAGCCGGGCGGUGGCAGUGUGCGGCCAGCCCCAGCAGCUGCUCCAAGUGCUGCAGCAGACCCUACCACCACAAGUGUUCCAGCUGCUCCUGCAUAAGCUGCCGGCCGUGGGGGAGAGCAUACUCCAAGCUGCCGGUGGAUCAGGGAAGGACGGAGCGGCCAAGGUGGUGGAGGAGGACGUGGAGUGAGCCAUCCCCCCUACACACACACAGACACACAUACAAAUAUAAUGGAAGAGGAUGUGGAGUAUAUUGUUUCUUCUCCACUCUUCCACAUAAACACAUACAAAAAAGUGGAGUAAGUGGAGGAUGAAAGAUGCAAAUUGAAAGGUUUCUCUUCCACCUAUCCACACAAACACACACACACACACACAUGUACAAACAAGCUCAUGUACCCCCCCCCCCCCCCCCUCCCCCCAUACUCAGACCCCAGGCCCCUACCCCUUACCUCCUUCUUACCUCCAUCCCUCCCUCCCCAUUCCCUCCUCCUCCUCCUCCUCUCUCUCUCUCCUUCACCUCCUCCCUCCCUCACUAUCGCCAACAACAACAAGAAAAAACAACAACAGCAAGAGUGACGUUUCUGCGCUCUGGAUUGCGGCUAGAUUUUUUUUUUUUUUUUUCUAUAGCCUCUCGAUUCUCUGUGUUUGUGUGUUUUCUUUUUUUGAUUGAUUGAGAUUAUUGUUAUUAUUAUUGUUAUUUUUAUUGUAAGAUUGUUUUUAUCAUGUGUUUUAGGGGGAGGAAAAAGGUAUGAGAGAGAGAGAGAGAGAGAGAGAGAGAGAGAGAGAGAGAGAUUGAUGGGACAGGAAGAAUACCUCAAGAUGUAAUCACUUCCCUUCCCAUACCUAACCUAAGUUAAUGUAACACUCCCCUUCCCUUCCUUUCCCUUCCCUUCCCUUCCCUUCCCAUCCCAUCCCAUCCCUUUUCUUCCCUUCCCUUUCCAUCCCUAACCUUACCUAACCUAAGUUGAUGUAACACUCCCCUUCCCUUCGUUUCACUUCCCUUCCCUUCCCUUCCCUUCCCUUUCCUUCCCUUCCCUUUCCAUACCUAACCUAACCUUACCUAAGUUAAUGUAACACUCCCCUUCCCUUCCCUUCCCUUCCCAUCCCUCCCCAUCCCUUCCCAUCCCAUCCCAUCCCUUCCCAUCCCUUCCCUUCUCUCCCCACCCCCCUAACCUUGAGAAAUAUCGACCAAUUACACCAGAUAACCAUACCAGAGAGAGAGAGAGAGAGAGAGGGGGUUCAGCCAAUCGCACAGAGGCGUCUUUGGUUCUAUGUAAAUACUGAUUAAUUCUAAGACCAAUAAAUGUGUGAAGUUUU